AACGCCGCAUUACAGUGUGCGACAGAGGCAGGUAAGAUGGCGGCGCAGGAGACCGAAGCAACACAGCAAUCGACCGUGAGCAACGGCGAGGUGAGCAGUAAUGGCGCUGCAGCUUCUAGCCAGGUUGCACAGACUGGUGCGACCGCACAGGACCCCCAGCAGCAGCAGCAGCAACAGCCGCAGCAGCAACAGCCUAAUGCCUGGCAAGUCAUCAAAGGUGUCCUCUUCAGGAUCUUCAUAAUAUGGGCCAUCAGCAGCUGGUUCCGCAGAGGCCCAUCGACCCCCGACCCCAACACCCCUGCAGGCGCUCCCCGAGUCCCCAGCCGCAACCUUUUCCCCAAGGACACCCUUAUGGAUUUUUAUGUGUAUAUCUCUGAGAAUGAGAUAUUUUCAGAUUUCAACAACACAGAAGCCCUCUUCUGGUUCCAGAGGGAUCUGGUCUAUGGAGACUGGACCACAGGAGAGGCAGGGGAUGGCUGCUAUGAGCAUUACCAGGAACUGGACACCCCUGAGAGUGUACAGCACAACAGCUCUCUGUACAUCCAUGUGUACUUCACCAAGAGCGGCUUCCACCCAGACCCUAAACGCAAGGGCCAGUAUCGCAGGCUGGCCACCGUCCACACCACUCGAAUGCUGAACAAGUUUAAACGCAGGAAGUUUCUCAAGACUAAGAACCUGCUGACAGGAGAGACAGAAGCUGAUCCUGAGAUGAUUAAGCGGGCAGAGAGUCACGGCCCAGUGGAGAUCAUUUCACACUGGCAUCCCAACCUAACCAUCAAUAUGGUGGAUGAUCACACAGCUUGGGUGAAAGGCUCAGUUCCCCCACCCCUGGACCAGCAUGUGAAGUUUGAUGCAGUGAGUGGCGAUUACUACCCUAUCGUGUACUUCAAUGAUUACUGGAACCUGCAGAAAGAUUACUACCCCAUAAAUGAGACUCUGAAGAAGCUCCCUCUGCGACUCACCUACUGCCCCCUUUCUCUCUGGCGCUGGCAGCUGUAUGCUGCCCAGAACGCCCGCUCUCCCUGGAACUUCCUGGGCGAGGACACAUACGAGCAGUCUGAUGAAGAUCAGGACUCUGUUAAGGUGGCAUUGCUGGAGACCAACCCCUACUUGCUGGGUCUGACCAUUGUUGUCUCGAUUGUCCAUAGCAUCUUUGAGUUCUUGGCUUUCAAGAAUGAUAUCCAGUUCUGGAACAGUCGUCAGUCUCUAGAGGGACUCUCUGUGCGCUCCAUCAUAUUCGGGGUGUUCCAGUCCCUGGUGGUGCUUCUCUACAUUUUGGACAAUGAGACUAACUUUGUGGUGCAGGUCAGCGUUUUCAUCGGGCUGCUCAUCGACUUCUGGAAGAUCACCAAAGUCAUGGACGUCAGGCUGGACAGAGAGAAUAAAAUUGCAGGAAUAUUCCCACGAUUGAUAUUCAAAGACAAGUCCACAUACGUUGAAUCUUCAACCAAAAUCUAUGAUGAUAUGGCAUUUAAGUACCUGUCCUGGCUGCUGUACCCACUGUUUGGGUGCUACGCUGUUUACAGCUUAAUCUAUGUAGAGCACAAAGGCUGGUACUCAUGGGUGCUCAGCAUGCUCUAUGGGUUUUUGUUAACCUUUGGUUUUAUCACUAUGACGCCACAGCUCUUCAUCAACUACAAGAUGAAAUCAGUGGCACAUCUUCCAUGGAGAAUGCUCACCUAUAAGGCACUAAACACAUUCAUAGAUGACCUAUUUGCCUUUGUGAUCAGAAUGCCCAUGAUGUACAGAAUAGGCUGUCUCCGAGAUGAUGUGGUGUUCUUCAUUUACCUGUACCAGAGGUGGAUCUACAGAGUGGAUCCCAACCGCGUCAACGAGUUUGGCACAAGCGGAGUAGACCACAGUACGGAAAACUCGGCCCAGGCAGCAGUGGGAGACACAGCCGCCACCGCCGCUGCCGCCAUCACAGAUAAACCAGAGGGGGAGAAGAAAAAUGAUUAACCCCAUUUUACGACCUCCCCCCCUACCCUCUUGUCUGCGGAAGGUGUUUUCGCACAUCUUCAAGGCUGAGUUUGUGUCUAAUUGUCAGGGAAGGGAACUGGAAAAAUGGUAUUCUGUAAAGGACACUGCGAGAAAAUUUCAGUUCAUCUUUCCUCUUUUUUUUUUGUAUGGGAUCUGCAGAAACAAAAAAAAAAAUCUCAUUUAAUGUAGACGUAAUAUUUUUCAAUCUCCCAUAUUUUGCGGUCAAGGUGAAGUAAAAAAAUGUGAUGUACUGUAUUGUAUAUUUUUGGGUUUGGUUAACACUACUACUUUGAAGGGUUAGGUAAUGAGUAAGCAAGCAAGCAAGUCCCAUUAGUAUGAAUGGGCUGUUGCAGUACAUAUCUCCAUAUUCUUACGUUCAAGAGGGAGGCAAAAAAAAGAAGCCAAGUGCAAGCUUGCUUGUUCUCUGUGGAUUCCUUGUCCUUUUAUUUUCAUUCCAUGCGUGAACCAGAAAGUGGGUGAGUAGUGUGAGAGGAAGCAGCACGACGCCCAGAAAGAGAGGACGCUGUUGAACCUUUGCUAGCACUACUCACAGGAGACUGACUUCCCAAUAAUUUUUUUUUUUUUAUUUUUAAAUGGUUGAUGUUCCAAACUUGAACAACAAAAAACAGCCUUGUAGGUAUUAAUAUAAUGAUAUAUUAAUAUAAUUAAUAAUGGUAAUUAUGAUCAUACAAUUUGUUUUUCAGCCUCAAUUUUUUUUCCCUUUAUUAUGUCCUAAAACUGUACAGUCUCAGCUUGUAAAAUCUAAUUGUGCUGAUGUCAACCUGUCUAGCAAUAGCUAAAAUGCCAGUCUUCUGGCCAAGGACUUUGGAUUUUCAUCUUUGUUCCCCCCUUGCCAUGGUUGCAUUCACACUCCAAAGCAGGACCAUUAUCUCAUGUUGAAUACAGCUGCAGGGUCUGUUGUAUGCAAGACUUAGGUAGAGUAGUCCAAGUGUCCAUGGGAUGAAAGGCCUAGUGUCUUGCUCCCUGACUUGAUUUGGCUUUUAUUUUGGUACAUUAAAAUUUGAUCACUCAUGUUUAUAGUAAAAUGUAAGUGCAGUUUAAAUAUUUAAUGCAGAGCUUGUUUUAUUUGACUGUGUCACUGGUUCUGCUUUUUUGCGUUUAGUUUUGGUUCUUGGAAAUUAAAAGUGAACCUUCAAUAAGCUACACCUCACAACAUGAAAACAUUAGUAAGAUGAGGCAUGGAAGUGGCCAACAAGUGGAAAGGAUGGACUGCCAAUACAAGAUGAAAUUAGCAGAGCCAGUUGAGGGGUGCCUGGCAUUCUGUUUCAUCUCAUUAUAUCAGAUGCAAAACACUAGAGGGCGCACGAGACUCAAUAAAUGGGAGCAAAUGGA